UUGAAAAUUGUUCUUCGCUUCCCGACACUGUAAAUUUUUUUGAACGCCAACAACGCAACAAAAACAAAACUUAUACAUAUUGCAAGAGUAUUGGCGCAAAAAUAAAGGCCCUGAGAUUGUCGAAAACAGCUUAAUUAUUGAGCGAGCGGUGCUAAGAAUUAGCAAGGGAUUCAUAAAAAGGAGGAGGCAAAGUUAGCAAAGUUAUAGUGGAAAAGUGUGCAACAAGAAAAACUACAAGCAACUAAGUACUAAACAACUAAACUAAACUAACUAGGCAAACAAUAAGUAUACAAAACUAAACUAAACUAAAACAAAAAAACAAAAACCAAACUAUGGAACGUGAAUCCAAUCCGAUGCAACCCAUGUGCCGCUCUGGUUGCGGUUUCUAUGGCAAUCCAGCCACCGAUGGUCUCUGCUCAGUGUGCUAUAAGGAUUCUUUGAGAAAAAAGCAACAACCUCCUGUUAGCAGCACACCUGUAUCAGUUCCAAGCCCACAGCCAAGCCCCACAUUUAGUCCAGCCAUCACAAUAACCAAUACAGCACAGCCGACAGUGCAAAGUUUACAGCAGCAACACAAUGAAAUUAAAGAGGUGAGUAAAAGGGGAUAAUAGAAGUUCACUUCU